AUGGCGCGCAUUAAGCAGGCAGCUCCAGUCCAGCGCGCGCCAUCUUCCGAGUACGCCAGCAGGUUUGAUCCUGAGUUCCGGAGACGAGAUGUCGGCGUGUCGUCAUCACCCGCCCUGAAUGGCAACGCCGAGAAGACCAAUGGCCAUGUCGCGACUGCGGAGCGCGAGCACAAUAGCACGAAGAGCACACAAAACACCAGUGAUAAGCAUGCUGAGAAGCCGAAUACCGGAAUUGCCACGCUCGUUAUUGAUGUCGCUGGCAUCUACGCGUCCUUCCUAACCUGGGCCUACCUCCAAGAAAAGCUGACAACUACGGCUUACGGUCCUAAUGGCGAGCGCUUCAAGUUCUCCGUCUUCCUUCUGACCAUCCAAUCCGUGUUUGCCGCCGCCGCGGGCAAACUCUUCUCUAUCCUGACCACCCCCAAGGGCCAACCCAUCCCUCCGCUCUUCCCAACACGCCAGAUGAUCCCGCCCUUACUCCUCGUCGCCGUCACCAACGCGCUCGCCGCUCCCUUCGGCUACGCUGCGCUAGGCCAUAUCGACUAUAUCACCUACAUCCUAGCAAAGUCUUGCAAGCUGCUGCCCGUCAUGUUCUUGCACAUCACCAUCUUCCGCAAGCGCUACCCAUUGUACAAGUACCUCGUUGUGGCGGCCGUGACUUGCGGCGUCGCCGUGUUCACGCUGCACUCGAGCAGCAAAAAGCAUCAUCAUCACAACAAGAACACCGAGGCACAGAACAAGGCCUGGGGCCUGCUCCUGCUGGGCAUUAACCUGUUGUUUGACGGCCUAACGAACAGCACGCAGGACUACAUUUUCUCGACUUUCCGGCCGUAUUCGGGCCCGCAGAUGAUGGCGGCGAACAACAUGCUUUCAUCGGUGCUGACCGGCACGUACUUGCUUGUGGGCCCCUGGCUUGUCCAAACUCCGCUGGGAGAGUGGCUCGGCAUGGAUAGAGCCAGCGGCGGCGAGCUGAAGGAUGCGUUGGCUUUUCUGGCGCGGCAUCCAGCUGUGUGGAGGGAUGUGCUGGGGUUUGCGCUUUGCGGAUGUGUCGGGCAGGUGUUUAUCUUUCACACUCUGUCGACCUUCUCUUCUGUGCUCCUUGUCACCGUGACCGUCACGCGCAAGAUGUUUACCAUGAUUCUGAGCGUCGUGGCCUUUGGUCAUCGCCUGUCGCGCAUGCAAUGGCUGGGCGUUGGCUUGGUAUUCGGUGGCAUUGGCGUUGAGGCGCAGAUUGCGCGUCGCGAGAAGAUGGCCAAGGAGGCUGCAAAGAGGAAGCUACAAGACAAGGCGCAAUGA